UCGGUAUUUUCUAUUCGUCAGAAGAAAUGAUAGGUUACGGAGAACCGAAUCUCCGACGCGGCCUUAAGUGGUUUAAAAAGUCGCCACAAGUGACAAUUCAUCCUAAUUUUGUGCGUAAAGGUGUUCGGUGUGAGCGACACGUCGCUGGGACGGCUUUUAAAGGAUGUUUGAAUACGAUUCGCCUUUUCCGUGAUGA